AAGAGAGAAUAUUCGUCUGUCGAAGCUCGGUGUUUGUGUUUUUUUUUCCACCCAUAUUUUGACAGCUCUACUAAUCGGGACCGUGCGAGUCGUCCGUCGUCCGAAGAAAAAGCAAAACAACAGAAGGAAAAGUUGGUGUGUUGGAGUUUUUCGCGCAGAGUGCUUCUUGAGGAAAAACCGCGAGGGAAAACGCGCGAGUGCGUGUGUGACACAAAAAGAGGAAGACCGGGGGCAGUUUUCCUUUAAGAUUUUCUUUCCGAAUUAUAUAUUUUCCCUGGCGGCGACAGGCUAGUAAGAGCGAGCGAGUGUGUGUUUUAUUCUUUUGCGCCUCUGCUCUGCUGUAGUGCGCUAGCGGUCAGUGAAAUUUUCGGGAGUGAAGUUUGAGUGAGAGUUGGCCUCGAAUGCUGCUGCUGCUACUGGUUGGCUGUUCCGUGCAUUUUUCGUGACGGGAGUGUUAAGUUUUUUUUUUUGUUCUGAUUCAGAAAUUCUGGUCCAAUAACAGAAACCGGAUCUCAGUGUCAGUGCCAGUGUGAGUGUGUGUCUCAGUAGUCGUCGGAAGUCGAGUGUUAACAAGCGGAAGCCACCCAAGAUUAUCUCCAACCUGCAACAGUAUCGCACGAUGGCCGAAAAUAAAGGAUUGUUGCUGGCCAAGUCCGUCCAGAAGCACGCCGGAAGGGCAAAGGAAAAGCUCUUACAAAAUCUCGGCAAAGUGGACCGAACCGGAGACGAGAUCUUCGACGAGCACCUGAGCAACUUCAACAGACAGCAGAACAGUGCCACCAGACUACAGAAAGAGUUCAACAACUACAUCCGAUGUGUGCGAGCCGUUCAGACCGCAUCGAAGAGCCUAAUGGAAGCCAUAAGCGAAGUCUACGAAAGCCAGUGGACCGGAUCGGAAGCACUGUACGCUCAGACCAACACCGUCGAGGUGCUGUUCCAGGACUUUUCGCACAAACUCGGUGAUCAGGUGCUGAUACCGCUCAACACCUACACCUCCCAGUUUCCGGAGAUGAGGAAAAAGAUCGACAAACGUGGUCGCAAGCUGGUAGACUACGACAGCCAGAGGCACUCCUUCCAGGGCCUGCAAUCAAAUGCCGCCAAACGCAAGGAUGACGUCAAGAUCACAAAGGGCCGCGAACAGCUGGAGGAAGCCAAGCGCACCUACGAAGUGCUAAACACUGAACUGCACGACGAACUGCCGGCGCUGCACGAUUCCAGAAUACUGUUCCUGGUGACGAACCUGCAGACCCUGUUCGCUUCCGAGCAGCAGUUCCACAGCGAAACGGCCAAGGUGUAUGCCGAGCUGGAAGCGAUCGUCGACAAAUUGGCCACCGAAUCGCAGCGAGGCUCAUACACGCUCAAGAAGAUCACCGCUAACUCUGCUCCGUCCAGCCCACCACAGUCCCCAGUGAAAGCGAACUUGUCGAUUGUAAAUAACAUCACCAACGGAUCUGCCAAUGCCAACGGACCCACAUCCACUUCGCCAUCAAUAUCGCCAAGUCCAGAGCAGCCUCAUAGCCUGGAAGAUACGGAACCAUCCUAUCAGAACUCGGAAGUCGUGAAAUCUACCAGUGCUGCAUUGCGAUCAUCCACCACAACUCCCACCACCAUUAAUAACAUCAACAGCAUCAAUAAUACUGAUGCCUCAUCGCAGCAAGCUACAGCGGCAGCCAAAACGCCAGAGCCGCCUACUGCUACUACUGCUACUACCACUACUUCUGCUACUACCACCAGCGAGAAAGUAACCACAAAUGGUACGGAUCAUAAUCACCAUGAUGAUCACCAUCCAAGCAGUCAAACGCAAAAUAACACGCCCGACGCUGUUGCUGCCGAUUCUACCAGUUCUAGUCCUGCUCCGCCGGCAUCGCCGCUACCCGGUGCCAACCCUCUACCGCCUACAUUGCCGCCAUCACCAUCACCCACCACAACGCCCACUACUGCUGGCGCUGCCGUUUCGCAAUCAAGUAAUACUAAUAAUCGCCACCCCCAUCACCACAUAGCUCCAUCAUCUCUUCAUUCAUACUUCCACCACCACCACAACCACCAUCAACAACAACAACAACUCACUCCCACCACCAAUCAUCAUUCGAUCAACGCGGUCGAUCCUUCGUCCCUGACGUCGAACUCCUCAUCGGCGGAACAACAGCAGCGAUCCAGUGCUGGCGCCAUCGGUCCAGCGCCCCUACAUAUCUACAGCAAUGUCCCUAACAACAUCCAGCUGAAUAACAUUAACAAUAACGUUAACAGUCAUUGCUCCAUGAUCGGUACUACCACUAGCACUACUACCAGUACUCACACCAACAAUAAUAACAGUAAACUGGAAGAGCUCUAUGAUAUCCCAGUGGGCGCCACUACCACCGAUCUGCCACCGGGUGUCCUCUACCGAGUGAAGAGCACCUACAAGUACGUCCGAGAGGACGUCGACGAGCUCAGCUUCGAGGUCGGUGACACGAUCAACGUGAUCGAGUACGAGGACCAAGAGGAUCAGGAGGAAGGCUGGCUGAUGGGCAUCAAGGAGGGCACAAACGAAAAGGGCAUGUUCCCAGCCAACUUUACUCGACCGUUGUAAGCGGGAUGGUAUCGUAGCAACAGCAGCAGCAGCACGAUCAGCACACAUACAUACACACACACACACACAUUCACUGGAUGCCACACUGCAACAAACAACCAUGCGAUUCCAUUGAUUGUAAAAGUCCCGCCUGAGUCAAGGCGAGAUGAAAAGGAAAGAAGAAUGAUUUGAACUACGAUGGAGUCAUCCGCUAACAUUUAGGUUAGAGCCAGAAGCAAGCAAAACAAAAAUCACGAAAAUCGAAAACUAACAUUUAAGAAGAAAGCAAACCUGAAAUGGCAGCAAAAGUUUUACAAGGUGGAAAGUGGAAGAAAGUGGAACGUGCCUUUAGCAGAAUGUAUCAACACUGAAUAAUAGCCCAGACGCGAAGAAGGACCAGACGAGCGAAGUGAUCUAGCCGGUUGAAAUAUGAUUCAUGUUGUUCCCCUCCCCCUCUCCUCCCGUUUUUUAGCGAUAGGCGUUUAUGAUUGUUUAUUUGUCCCUUGUUAACGUAUAUUACACCGUCCUUUCCGAUUGAUUUGCUGACAGUACCUCCCCCACCACCGCCAGGUUGGACGACAAAUGUGUACCGAAACAACUUUUACUGUUAAUAGAGUCUUCCCGUCUUUUACUUACUUUGUUUAGAUACUGUACGAGCAAAUACUGUCAGCGUGCGAGUUUAAACUAUUGUAAAUAAUUCAAAACUGUAAUACUGCCUGUUCAGAAAAUUUAUACCAACUUGAAUCGGAGCAAUAAAGUUAACAAUUUGGUUGAACCAUUCGAGCUGCCAAAAUUUUACAAAACCAAAACCUCCCACAAAUUGCCAAUCCCGUAUUAUGUAUUUGUUUUUCUCUGUAAAUAGCUGAUGAGCAGAAGUAAGUAACUUAGAAAGUCCACUUUCGCUGUCAACUUUCAUACUUUACGUUUAUUAUUUUCCUUACUGUGACACUAUUUCAUUGCACUAUCUUUCCGUGUGUGUGUUUGUGUAAGAAUUAAGCUAAACUGGAUUCCGAAUGGUAAUUUUUUGAAUUAUUUACAAUUCAAUUCAUCCCUAACGAGUGGGUGUAUUCACACACAAAAAUCGAGCAGCAUCAACACUAUAAUGUUCAGAGGUAGAAUUUAGUCAAAGCAAAGCGAUUCAUGCAUUUUAACGACAGUUUGUCCAAGAACGAGUCCGGCAAAGUUUAAUAGUAACCCCUUCUGAAUGCGGUUUGAACUCACAGAGUGUAGCUUUGGGUGAAAGCAAUCGAACACAUCACCCAUUUUUUCGUAAUUAUUACUCUCGAAUAGGAUAGCUCAUCUCUUUAGCACCACCACCUUACCCGUACUAUUCCUUUCCCGCGAGCACACCCUUCUUCACCAAUAACUUCAAUCACUUUACACAUUUUCAAAUCACAAUUGUUUUUAUUAUAUUUGAAAAUUUUAUCUUAUUUAACAAAUAUUAAAUUAAUGAAUAAAACUUAGUUGAGUAAUGUUAACAAGAUGCAAAAUGAAAUCUACAAUUUAACUGUUAAAACAAUAAUUGUAGUGAUGAAUGCACACACAUACAUACAUACACAACAAACACACUUGUAAAGAACUAUGCAAAUAGAUUUGACCGUUUAGCAACAAAAAAAACGAAAAUUCGAAAAACUAAUUGAUGAAAAUGUAAAAAAAAAUCGAAAACUUCACUGAAAACAAGAAAUUGAUUGGUUUAGAUAAACUUAUCCGCGAACAAAAACAAAAGUAUGAAAUGCAAAAAUCUUUUGAACUAAGCGAAUAUGAUGAUUACAGUAAACAAAUGAAUUAAUAACGAAGAAGAAGAUGAUGAUGGAAAAAAGAAGAUGAUGAUUUAAUAUAUUUCAAGUAAAUUUAUUAAUACAAUAAUACGCUAAGGAUAACGAGGAUCUAAAAAAGGAUGGAUGAAACUUGUGUACAAUUUAGAGAA